AAAUUAAUCGAUACUUUUCUUAGCACCAGCGAACUAGUUCAUAGAUGAACUACACGAAUCCAAUGUAUAUAUUUGAUCACCAACAUAAACAAUUCGAGUUUGUUGUUUGUUGAAAAUAAAAGGCGCGAAAUUGUUUAGAAUCGAUAUAAAUGGCACAAAAUCAUAAAAACAUUGAGAUUCAGCUGCGAGACAUCGAUGUUUUAACAGCGGGAGUCGCCGCUGAGAUUGCAAAUGGCAUUCUUGAAUUCCUGCUAUUCCAUCGCAGUCAAAUCCCAUUCGUAUAUAAAACAUACAAAUAUUAUGUGGAGAAAUGGGAUGAGACUGAUGAAACACAGAAGACUGAAGCAUCAUUUGGGCACUAUCAAUUGCAAAAGCAACGUUCCCUGGCCAAAGAUACCAAGGAAGCCAUAAGCAAUAUGCGAGAACUAAUACGAUGUGCGUUCAGAAGUAACAAAGCCGUUAAGAGUUUGCGAUUUUUAUUUGGCAGCAAUACAUUUAUGCCAACAGAGUCCUACACAAUACACAUACCACACACGUCCAUAUCGAAAUAUCAUGGCGAUAUUCAUGGCGUGCCGGAAGGACAAAUGAAUCGAACACUUCUCCAUCUGCUCACCUGCGAGGAGCUCUAUGCGCUCUGGUCAAAGGAUCUGAAGGCCACAAAUGUGUUUCUCGAAUUGGAGCUGCUGACCCCUGUAAAUAGUGGGGAACAUUGCGAAUCUUGGAAACUCUUUCCCAAGGAUGUCAUAAGUCAGCUGCCCCGAAGUUGUAAAAAUGUGCAUUUGCAUUUGUUGCAUGCGAAGCAAAAUGAAGAAGUGCAAUGUGUCAAGGAGAUGACCAUAUACGAAGAUAUGUCAUUUUUAAAUCUGGAUCAACCCAAGCCCAGCAAGAAAGAGUGCAUUGAGGACACCGAGCACUCAAGUGGCUGGUGGCAGACAGAUAUUAUAGUCAGAGGAUUUAGGCCACCCACAUUCAACUUGUGGUCCACCUAAUACCUUGAAUAAAUAAAAUCAUCUCAUAACUAAGAUCGUGCCAUUGUCCACAAAUAAAAUAUCUAAAAUCUAUAGGCCACAUA